AUGUCUGAGCAAUCUGAGGCUAAACAAACUGAUGAAUGUAAGAUUGUCAAGACAUUGGUACUGAAAGAGGUGAUGAUUUGGAAAGUCAAGAAGCAACUGGAACUUAAGCAGAAAGUGGUUGUUGCCGAUAGCUCGGUUGUAAGAAGCAUCCUGAGCCUCAACAAUAAUCAGACCUAUUACAUUGCUGGAGUCGACAUUUCUUUUGUGAAAAAUAAUAAUGUGGAUGCCUGUGCAGCCUUGGUGAUUUUGUCAUAUCAAGAGUUAAAGGUGGUGUACAAACGUCUGGAGAUGAUAAAAAUGACAGCCCCUUAUGUGCCUGGUUUCCUGGCCUUUCGGGAAGUAGAGCCCAUUUUGCAUCUCUAUAAUACUAUGCUGCAGAAUGCUGCUCAAUAUAAGCCUGAUGUGAUACUUGUGGAUGGCAAUGGACAGUUGCAUCCUCGAGAGUUUGGACUUGCUUGUCACCUGGGGGUUCUGCUGGAUAUGCCUUGUAUAGGAGUAGCUAAGACACUGAUACAUGUUGAAGGUGUUGAGGAUAUUGUCACACACAAAGAAAGGAAAUCCCAUCUUGAAAAGAGGGGCUCAGUGCUUGAAUUAAAAACUGACUCAGGACGAACUUUGGGCCUGGCCUUACGCAGCACAGAUUCUUCCAAAAAUCCAAUAUAUAUUUCUGUUGGCCACAAUAUCAGUUUGGAAUCAGCCAUCACCAUUGUAAUGCAGUGCUGUAAAUAUAGAAUUCCAGAACCUGUUAGACUAGCAGACAUUUGUUCUCGAGAGUAUCUGCUGCAGAAGAAAGUUGACCCAGAGGAGUUUAUAGAUUGAAGUUUAUCAUUUUCUUGUCAUUGCUUUUAUGUACAUCUUUGCUACAAAACUAAAAAUAUGGUGAUUCAUGAUAAUGACAUUUUGAAGUUUGCAUCUCUUAUUAUUUCAGUGCCUUUUCUUUCCUCUCUUGUAUUUGUUAUCAAAAACUAGUCUUUGACAAAUACAGUUCUAGUGUCAGUGUGGAUGUGUAUUUGUGUAUUCAGCCUUAAAAUUUGCCUGCUAUCUGCAGGUAGCAGCUAUAAUCUUGUACUUCUGGCCUCCAGCUAAAACUUAUCCAUUCUCAAUAAUAAUAAUAAACAGUCAAGUAGAUUUUUAUGGCACGUUUCCCACUCUGUAAUAUGCAAUUUGUAAACUGCACCAAAAAAAAAAAACCCCGCAAAAGUGCACAAAUGUACUGAUACAGACUUAAAAUGAUUAUGGACAUGGAACAAAAAAUAAAUAUUAAUACUCAUUCCAGAAAUAAUUUAUUGUAUGAUCAAUAAACCUCUCUAAUACAUCUAAUGAAUAAAUAUGAAUAGAUACUUGUUUGACCUAAUGAAAGAGAAGCCAUACAGAUUUUUUUUUUAAAGAACUAUAAGGUGGACAGAUGGUUGUACAGCAUUGUCGUUUGUAAUCUGAGAUAAAGACAUGAGUAGGGUUGUCUUACAUACUCUGUCUGUUGAGUGCAGCAAAUUUUACUGACCACCAUACAUUGACAGCUGGUGUUUGGUCUGCUGUUUCUCAUGGGCACAGAGUCCAAAUUUUUAACAUAACAUUUUAACAUAAGUAUUUAGGAACUAUCUGUAAUAACAAGCUUAAUUGGGACGUCAGCACUGGCUGUACCUCCUACAGAAACUCAGAUCUUUUUCUGUCAGCUUUGUCAUUCUCAUUCAGUUUUGUCAGUCCUUUGUUAAAAGUCUCAUCACUUUUCCUUUCAUCGCUUGGUUCUACCUCAUUAACAAAUCCUUAGGAAGGCAUCCUGUACCACACUACUCCUGAUCAUGUGUUGGCACUGAGUUCUCCCUCUUGCAGUCUGGCUGCAAAUAUAUUAUGCCUGUAUACAGAAUGGAUCACCAAAGCUCAUUCACUUCAUAUACCAUAUACUUGAUCAGUUCUACUUGCCAUGAUGUUGCGUUAAUCUGAGGUGACCUCACGCAGUGCACCAACUGUUUCUACUGUUGCUGUGUGGAAACAACUUAUUCAUUGUAGUCAACAGGUAUAUGUAUGCACUUAUCUGUAUACAUUGCUAAUGUAUGAGCACUACCUGUAAUUCCCUUUGUGCAUAAAUAAAGCUGCAUUGUCAACUCUA